AUGUCACAAAGUCGCGAAGAUUCCGUCUACUUGGCCAAGCUUGCCGAGCAAGCCGAACGUUACGAAGAAAUGGUGGACAGCAUGAAGGACGUGGCAUCGUCUGGGCAGGAACUUUCAGUGGAGGAGCGUAAUCUGCUUUCUGUCGCCUACAAGAAUGUAAUUGGUGCUCGUCGUGCCUCGUGGAGAAUUGUCUCGUCGAUCGAACAAAAAGAGGAGGCCAAGGACAAGUCUGACCAUCAGGUGAAACUUAUCCGCAACUACCGGUCCAAGAUUGAAUCUGAACUCACUAAGAUUUGCGACGAUAUCCUAUCUGUGUUGGACGCUCAUUUGAUUCCUUCCGCUACCACUGGCGAGUCCAAGGUGUUCUACUACAAGAUGAAGGGUGACUACCACCGUUACUUGGCUGAGUUUUCGUCUGGAGACGUCAGAGACGGUGCCACUAACGCCUCUUUGGAAGCUUAUAAGACAGCUUCCGAAAUUGCCACCACCGAGUUGCCUCCAACCCACCCCAUUCGUUUAGGAUUGGCUUUGAAUUUCUCCGUUUUCUACUACGAAAUUCAAAAUUCCCCAGACAAGGCCUGCCAUUUGGCGAAACAGGCCUUUGACGAUGCCAUCGCCGAGUUGGACACGCUUUCUGAGGAAUCCUACAAAGAUAGUACAUUGAUCAUGCAAUUGUUGAGAGAUAACUUGACUUUGUGGACUUCCGACAUGUCUGAGGCCGGUCAAGAUGAGCCACAGCAUACCGAGGGUGCUCAGGAGUAA